AUGACAAACCCCACCGCGCCGCCGCCACCGGCGGCCGAUGCCAGCUCCUUCACCACCCCGGGGCGCGCCGCGUCGCCGGCCGCGGCCAAUGUGCCCGGCCUGACAGUCAAAACCACUGCCAUGGCGGGCCAGCACUCCCCCCCUCUGACUGCCGGAGUCAACACCAGCGGCGGAGGCAAUGCCUCGCCGACGGUUCUAUCCUCGCGCCAGGCUGCCAUCAUCUCGGCUGCCACCGCAGUGGCCCUGGCUGCUGCCCGAGCAUCCGGGCCUGGGAGUGGGCGCGUGCAGGCCCCCCGGUCACCGGGGCUCCCGUCCAGCGGCAACGGCACCCCCAGCAGUCCGUCUCCUCUUGGCGGGGCUGGCAAUAAUGCCAGCGGCCCCGGGUCACCGGUGCCCACGGUCCCGACGGCUCUUUCCCUGGCCAAUCUUGCCCUCGCGGCCGAUCCCUCCUCCAGCCAGGGGGCUGGCACCCGCGGCAGCGGGGCCGAGGACUCUCGCAGCAGGGACACCCUGGUGGAAACCCCCUCUCGGGACACCAUCCAUCAGGCAAGCAGCUCCGAGAUGCUGGCGUCCGGCGUCCAGACCCCGGGAGCCAGCUCGGCCGCCGUCGGGCUGACCAGCUCCACAGCCACGCCGGCCACGCCGGCCACGCCGGCCACCACCACCAUGGCGGCUCCCACCUUGGACAAGACGUCCCCCUUCGGGGACACCACCUCGCCGGGAUCUGUCCAGUCGGACGGCCUGUACUUCGACGCACAGGGUGACUCGCCUCGUGCGCCGCCCGCCGACACAGGGCAGCCAACGCCCCGGCGCGCGGCCCUCGUGGUCACGGUGACCGAUUCACCUCCCAUGCCUCCGCCCCCAUUGAUUGAGGUGUCCCCGGCCACGGGUCCGGAUGGCAGCCCGCUCCUUUUGUCGGGAGAAGCUGGCUCCGGGGGCGGAUCGGUCGGGGCAUCGCUCCUCGGCGCCAGCGGGACCCACCUCAUGCCGGGCGCCUCGACUGUGCUGGUGCCGAUGGUGACCGGCGGGCCGCCGGUCCGGUCCAACUCCAUGAGCGCCGUCACCGGGUCGCCGUCGCUCUUGGCAUCGGGCCCGGGCGACUCGCAGACCGAUCGCCUGGUCCAGUACCGGCGUGGGUCGAGCGCCAGCGUGCACACCUCGACACCGGCCACGCCCGCGGUGCCCCUCUUUGUGACGCCGUUCGCGGUCAAGUUCCUGGGCCUGCUGCAGGAGCAUCCCCGGCUGGUGGUGUACCUCCAGUCGAAGUGGCGCGCGCGCCGGGCCAAGCGCACCCUGUUGGACCUGAAGCGCCGGCGUCUGGCCAUCACCGAGCUCAUUGAAACCGAAGAGGUGUACAUCGAGUCGCUGAACAACUUCAUUCAAAUUUACCGCGAGCCACUGCUCAGCAUCGCCAAGAUCGCCAACACCGGGCCCGCGGGCGGGACCGGCGGAUCGGCCUCCGGCACCAGUGCCAGUGCCAGCGCCAGUCAGACGUCCCUCCUGGUGGGCAGCAGCACGGACGACGUGGGCCGCAGCUUGACCGGGGCCGCUGGCCACUCGCACAGCAGCCUGGCCUCCGGCCCCGGGGGGCUCAUGUCGCCGACAUUGCGCGAUGCCGGCGCCGGCACCGGCGCAGCCGGUGGCACUGGCAGCUCCCUGCGGGCAGUGGCCCUUCACCUGACGGCCACCGAGCACACCACCGAGCAAACGGCCUUCCGGAAUAUCUUUCACAUCAUGAGCCUGAUUGCCCAGCAGCACCAGGCCCUCUUGGAGACCCUGCACCGGCGACUGGUGUAUUGGCAUGCACGCCAGCGCAUCGGCGAUGUGCUGCUCCACUAUCUGGCCUGUCCGGAUUUGACCCAGCUGUAUGUGGCCUAUGUGGCCACAUAUCACCGGUGUGCCGGCAUCCGGGCUCGCAUCAGCGCCAAGUCGCCCGAGUUGCAGAAGCUUCUCCGGAGCCAGGACCUGGCCAGUCGCCAGCGCUACGACGCGUCGGACCUGCUGAUUGCCCCGAUCCAGCGGGUCCCGCGAUACAUUCUCCUGGUGGAGACCAUCCUCAAGCUGACACCGACCCUGAUCUUCCCGGUGCCGGGUGGCGCGAGCGGCUGGGCUUCCGUGGCCGCGCAGAUCGCGGCCGGUGGCGGUGGGUUUGCCUCGACCGCGGCGGCCAUGGCGGCCGGCGGGGGCAUCACCCCUGCCGGGCCCAUUUCGCCCCUGGUUCCCGGGAUCGGCGGAGCCGGCGGGGCCCACCAUUCGAUGGACGCCCCGGGGUAUGGCAUGCAUGUGAGUUCGCCCAGUGCACGCAAGCUCUCCCUCCGGCGAAAUGAGCGCCACGAUUUGCGCCUGGCAGCCGAGUCGGCUCAAAGGGUGUGUCUCUGCAUGGACGACUACACCGAGCACAUGGCCUCGCGCAGCUACUUGGCCUGUGUGGAGUCCUAUUUCACGGGCACCCGUUUGGAUCUCUCGGGCCAGCGCCAGCGCCGGCUGAUCCAAGUUGGCCCGGUGAUGGCUGCCCUGGCCCCGGAAAAUGAUCCCGAGGCGCUGCAGCCCGGCGGAGGCAAGGGCAGCAAGGGGAGCAGCAGCGGCAAUGGCGGCAAGGCCUGGUGGAAGAUCAUGAAGCGGUCCAGCUCGGCCAGUCCCCUGAGCGGCGACCACCCGGCCAGCGGGUCGUCGCCCACCCUCUCGGUGCUCGGGGACCAAGCCAACCAGUGUCAGCCGCAGUCGAAGCGUGUGACACGCAUGCUCUUCCUCAUGAAUGACAUCAUCCUGUGUGCCGAGACGUCGGCCUCGCCGGCGGUCACCGUCAACGGGGGUCUUGUGCACCCGCAAUUGACGCUCGGCAUCACGGCCGGCGAUCAGCUGCACCCUGGGUUUGGUGCCGCCGGGGGUGGCGGCGCUGGCGGUGCAAGUGCCGGGCCGGCCGGCGUCGGCGGGUCCACCGCCGCCGGUCAUGCUGGCGGUGUUCCCGGGGUCGGCAUGUCCGGGGGAGGUGGUGGCAGCGGCGGGUCCGCUUCCGCGACUGGCCCCGGUGCUCCGGACAUGACCACCGCCUCCAUCCAUCAGCUGGAGCCGCUGGCCUUCCACCUUGGCCUGAGGGAGAUUUCCCCCGGCGGCUUCUCCAAGUUGCUGCUCGGCGACAAGGCCCAGAGUUUUGCCAACCUCUUCCAGACUGGCGGCCCGAUCCGCUACAACCUCGAGUGGAUGGCCGACUUGGAGCGCAUUGUUGGCAUCAAAGCCAUCGAGGCGCCACUUUGUCAGGAGGGCAUCGAGGUGCGAGAGAACAUCGAGAAAACUCGCAGCGCCAUCAACGUUGAGCAGGUCUCCGUGCAGUCGUUCCUGAAGAUGGCCGGUGCCUAUGGAGCCGAAUUGGACGACCAGCCGACUGGCAGCGGCCCCGGCAGCCGGCCAGGGGGUGGCCCCUCCCCGGUUCCCGGGAGCGGGAUGUUGGCUGCCGCCGCGGCCGCCGCGGCCGCCGGCACGCCAAACGACGGCAUGAUUGAUCGCUGCCGGCGCGGGGCCAAGGAGGGCCGGAAGCGCAUCGAGCAGCUCACCCGCGAGCUGGUCGAGCUGAAUGCCCAAUUCCAGAUCCUCAACCAGCGUUUCGGCAUCGCCAUCACCAUGAUGAGUGGCAACCCCCCGCCCGCCGGUGGUGGUAGUAGUAAUGCCAGCACAAGCAGCUCCGGGUCCGACGAUCUGACCUCCACCUCCGGGUCCAGCACCUCCGGGGUCAUGAUGCAGACCUUGGAGUUUGGCUUCUACCUGGCGUCGGAGCGCUCGCGCGAUGCCUGGCUGGCGGCCUUGCGCUUUGUCCUUGAGCGCAAGCACUAUAUCGCCCACGAUGGCCGGGACUAUAGCGCGGUCAUUGCCGAAACCCAGCAGCAGUAUGGCGUUGGCCAUCCGAUCCCGAUCGGAGUGAACAUUGCCAAGCAGGGCUACGAUUUCCAGGACCUGUUGUACUCGGCAACUGCCAGCCAUGCCGCCGCCGCCGCCGCCGCCGCCGCCGCCGCCGCCGCCGGAUCCGUCAGCACAGACACUCUGCCGGAUGUGAAGCUGACCGCCGGCACGCCGGACCCUGGGUCCACGGCGUCCCUCUCGUCCUCCACCUCGUCAUUGGCCUCCUCGACUGGGUCCCUGCGCGGGGUCGGGAGCAGCGACCUCGGCGGGGGGGAUUUCCUUUCGCCAAGUGGCGGCGGCGGCGGCAUGGCACUGGCCGGUGGCCGGUCCUGCCCGGCAAGCAGCGCCCCCACGCCGCACUCCCUGAGCCGGGGGAAUUCCGUAGAUCGCGGCCGCGGUGGGUCCAACACCGGGACCAGCGUGCAGCUGGGCCGCCGGGACAGUGGCGGGCAGUUUCGCUUUCACCACAACCAAACCCCCUACCAGCCGGGCCUGGCAGUGAUGAUGCCGCACAGCCACUCGGCCCCAUUGGGCCACGGCGGCAACAUGAUGAUGGCGGCCGCCGGUAGCCUCAGCAUGCCGACCGUCAGCAUCCCCGGUCAAGUGCAUGGGGGGAGUGCUGCUGGCCACGGAGGGGCCCUGGUCCCGGGCUCUGGCGGCGGCGGCGGCGGGGCUGCCCGGUCUCCGCAUCAUCAUCUCCAUCCGGCCGGCAUCAUCCACCAGGCGGGGGAUCACUCGCCGCAUAGUGUCAGCCCCAUCGGCAUGCCCGGUGCCGGGGGCGGUGGCAGUGGUUCUGGCAGUACCCCCCAGGGCGGUGUGGCCGGAGUGCUGAUGGGCAGCGGGGGGGGCCCGCAUGCCGGUGGGCCCGGCAGUCCGGGCUCCAAUCUCCUGCGGCGCAGCUCUUCCGGCAAGUCGCGCUGGCUGGCCGGGCGAUUCUCUCGAUCCAGCGGCGCGCCGGCUCCCAUCCUCACGGCCAGCUCCUUCAGCCGAGGGUCUAGCAACAGCUCGGUGGCCUUGACGCCGCUCACGCCAGGUGGCAGCACGGCAGUCAUGAGCGCCGGUGGUGGUGGUGGUGGUGCGGGAUCGAGUGCCGGCAGCGGCGGCGCUCCCGGGGCCUUGACCAGCCCUUCGCAGCAGCAGCAGGCCGCCGACUACGACGCCACGGCUGCCGCCACGGCAGUGGCUUUGGCGUCGGCUGCGGCCGCAUCGGCUGCCGCUGCCGCUGCGGUCGCCUCUCGCCAACCUCAGGCCGAUGUUUAGGGCGCGACGACAUAUGUGUGAGCGCGCGUGCACAUGUGUGACU